GCACAACGUUAACUUCCUUUUUAUGUGGUUCCUGGGCACCCUUUCUCAACCCUAGUCUUUGUACUAUGGAAUUAAUGAAACUUCAUGGUCGUGCCCUCUAUUGUCUGUUUGCCUUCAUAUUGCUGUAUAAUUUCUUAUCCUGGAGUAAAAACCUACUACUCUUAAAUCAAAUUGGAACUAGCCAACCCCAAUGUCUCCAGGAGAACAUCACCAUCCUCCUGUGGCACUGGCCUUUUGGAGUUCACCAAAGACUGGACAGAAAUGUGUGUUUGGACAAAUAUGGAAUCCCUGGAUGCUUUCUGGAGGAUAACAGAUCCAUCUUUGCUCAAGCAGAUGUUGUGGUCUUCCAUCACCAUGAACUCUGGACCGGGCACUCCAAACUUCCUCUUCACCUCCGCCGUCCACCAAUGCAGAAGUGGCUUUGGUUAUCACUGGAACCCCCCAUGAACAAUCACAACCUCAGCAACUACAAUGGCUUGUUCAACUGGACAAUGAGCUAUCGACAUGAUGCUGACAUUUUCAUGCCAUAUGGACAGCUUGUUUCAAAAAAUUUGACUGAUGACAGAUACGUAAUUCCAAAGAAAGGAGACUGCCUAAUUUGCUGGGUGGUUAGCAAAUACAAAGCCAAUCAGAAUCGCUCUCUAGUUUUUCAGCAGCUUAUGAAACACAUUCCAUCUAAACUGGUAGAAAUAUAUGGUCAUUGGCCUAAGCGCCCACUCUCAGACAACAAGCUGCUUUCCUCUAUAUCUCGAUGUUACUUCUACCUUGCCUUUGAAAACUCAAUAUCCACAGACUACAUUACGGAGAAGCUGUGGAGAAACUCCCUUCAGGCAGGGAGUGUACCGGUGGUGCUGGGCCCACCCAGGAAAAUUUAUGAGUUAUCAAUUCCACCAGAGUCAUUCAUCCAUGUAAAUGACUUCAGUAACACAAAGGCACUGGCUACUUUCUUAAAACAAGUGGCCGCUAAUAGAAAGCAUUAUGAAUCUUAUUUUAGGUGGCGCAAUUACUAUAGUGUUAGAACUUACACAGACUGGAGAGAGAGACUCUGUACAAUCUGCAUCCAUUAUCACCAGCUAUCUAGGCAUAUAAAAGUGUACAAUGACCUUUAUAGCUGGGUCAACAGGUAACACUGCAUCUGUAAACAAUGUGAUGUGUUUACAUAUUUCACACUGAUUGAGAUUGUAAAAUUAUUAUUUAUUUGUUUGAAAAUCAAUAAAAUAUGUGUUUGCAGCAAUAUAUUGUUUAUUU